AAAAGCAUUGGCGCCAAAAAGCAACCCAAAAAUCCGUGGGAUUCUUCUUCUCGCUCUUUGACUCUCAAAACACUCGAUACCAAAUCUGGGAAUCUUCGAAAACUUGGAAUGGAAAAAUUUUAGCAGAAAAAAGAAACCAAAAAUGCUCAAAAACAGCAAAGACGCCUCGUAAAGCUAAUCGCUCGGGGGACUUCGCAGUCGGUUCUUCUUACUCAGAUCUCUUGCUUCUUCUUGGCCUUCCAGUUGUCGUGAAAUGGCGAGUAUGCUACCCACACUCUCUCCGUCUCGCACCACUUGCGCAUCCCUCCUUCGCGAAUUGCAGAUAUUAUGGGAUGAAAUUGGGGAGAGUGACAGCGACAGGGAAAAGACGCUUCUACAACUCGAGCAAGAGUGCCUCGACAUUUACCGGAAGAGGGUUGAGAAAACAAGAAAGUACAAGGCUGACUUGCAUCAGUCAUUGGCUGAGGCCGAAGCUGAAAUUAACAAUAUCGCCUCUGCCCUUGGGGAACAUGCCUUCUUUUCAAGGGGAAGAGGCACUCUUAAGGAGCAGAUAUCUGCCAUAAAACCUAUAUUGGCGGAGUUGAGGACAAAGAAGCAAGAAAGAGUUAAGGAAUUUUCAGAAAUACAGACUCAGGUUGUUCAGAUCUGUGCAGAAAUAGCAGGCAAUGGUGAACCUAACAUUUCUUCUGAUCCACAAGUUUCUGAAAGUGAUCUGACAGUGAAGAAGUUGGGAGAGCUUAUGUCACACCUUCAGGAACUUCAGAAUGAAAAGAUUUUCCGAUUACUAAAGGUCAACAGCCAUAUUGAUGCUGUCCAUGAGCUGUCAGCUGUGUUGUCAAUUGAUUCUUCUAAGACGCUUAAUGAAGUACACUAUAGCUUGACUGAUCCCUCGGGUAGUCAAUUAAAGAGCAUCAGCAACAACACACUUGCUAGAUUAACGGGGUUGAUCCACUCGCUAAGGCAGGAGAAACAACAAAGGCUACAAAAGUUGCAUAAUCUUGGGAGGACACUGGUAGAGCUAUGGAAUCUCAUGGGCACGUCAGUUGAUGAGCAAAAAGGUUUUGAGCAUGUAACUAGCUUAAUUUCUUCCUCGGUAAAUGAGGUGUCAAGGCAAGGGUGCCUUGCUCUUGAUGUCAUUGAAAAGACUGAGCUAGAAGUUGAACGAUUGAAUGUUCUGAAAGCCACAAAGAUGAAGGAGUUGGUGUUCAAGAGGCAAAAUGAACUAGAAGAAAUCUAUAGAGGCGUUCAUAUGGAUGUAGAUGGUGAUGCAGCACGACAAAUUCUCAUCAGCCUCAUAGAUUCUGGUAAUGUGGAUCUGUCUGAUCUUCUUUCAAAUAUGGAAGAUCAGAUUGCGAAAGCCAAAGAUCAAGCUCUAAGCAGGAAGGAUAUUGUGGACAAGGUAGAGAAGUGGAGAUAUGCAAUCGAGGAGGAGAAGUGGCUGGAAGAAUACGAAAGGGAUGAAAAUCGAUAUAGCGCUGGAAGAGGAGCACAUAAAAAUCUGAAACGUGCUGAGAAAGCACGGAAUUUGGUCAGCAAAAUACCAUCUAUUUCUGAGAAUUUGACUGCAAAAGUAAAAGCCUGGGAGAUGGAGAAAGGAAUCCCUUUCUUGUACGACAAGGAACCCAUCUUAUGUAGCUUGGAAGAGUAUAUUGUAUUAUGCCAGGAGAGACAAGAGGAAAAGCGUAAAUUUCGGGAGCAGAAACGGCUGCAAGAACAACUUGCUGCAGAACAAGAGGCCCGCUUUGGUUUGAGGCCCACACCAAAGAAGCCAUUGGGUCAAAGCACCAAUGUUAACACCAUGGUUGGGACUCCCACUGGUCGUCGUUUGGCAACUCCUUCGGGCCGCCGUGGAAUAUCAGCUGGAAAGGAACAUAAAGAGAGUGGCCGGGUCAAUAACAUAGUUACUGAAAACUACGUCGCGCUUCCAAAGGAUGAUUCAGUCUCACAGGCCAGUUAGGCUACUCUCUCGUGGUUUUUGACUGAUUGUAAAUGAGCAUGCAUCCCCAGCCCCUGGUGCAGUUCCUAUAAUUUUGUGUUUCUUACGGUAGAAAACUUAUAAUGAGAAGUACAGAUUGGGAUAAUCAUAAAUAAGAACAUGGUAAUGCCUUCACGGCUUUACAUUGGAGACCAAAUUAUUGUGCAUUGCGUGAAAGAUGCAUAAUCUAUAUGUGAAUUUCAUGUUCAACCAUUAUAGGAUCAGCAUGUAGGACCCAGCAUUAGACAAGUUUAAUAUUCAUCUUUCAGAGCAUCUGUCACUUGUGUUGGAGUGCUUUCUUAGAUACAACUUUGUGCAACUACAGCAGCCCCAGCAACCAGAGGUAUGCUUACGACCUCUUUCUCAGGAGCAUGAAAGUCAUGAGUUCCACUUUGAUGCCAUGGUGCUUGUUUUACAGUUAUUGUCAAAGCCAUUUCCAUUUCCAUUCCUCCAAUUUAAUAGAUGGAACUAUAAUGUUAAGGAUUGAUCA